CCGAAAGUUGGCACCAUCUCCCUACUCCCCCACCACGGCCAUGGAGCGGCUCAUCUCCAGGACGGCGGUCGCCCCCCGGAUCCACGCGCCCGGCAGAUCCCCCCUCCUCCCCGCCCGCCGCACCGCCUCCGCCGCGGCUGCCGGAACCUCCAGCGCCGCGCCGUGGACCGCGGUGCGCGCGCAGUCGGCACGUCUCCUCGCCGCGGCCUCGCCGCUGCGGCAUGACGGUCUCUCGGCCGCGCCGCCCGUCGACGAGGUGGCCACGGCGGGGGUUGGCCCUCCCUGGAAGCUGCUCGGGACCCUGCUCCCCAAGGCUUCUACUGCUGCCCUUUUCUUACUUCUGACACUUACGACAAGUGCAUUGCACUCUAGCAUUCCUCAUGCUGCCUAUGCAUCGGCGCAACCAGCAAUCAAAUCUGGUGGGUUCCUGUCACUAGAGUUAUUAAGCAGUGGCUGGGCUGGUUUCUUUGCGGGAUGCUUGCAUACCUUAUCCGGGCCUGACCAUCUUGUUGCAUUGGCACCCCUAUCUAUCGGGAGAUCAACACUGGAGAGUGGACUAGUUGGUGCCCUUUGGGGCUGUGGUCAUGAUGCUGGACAAAUCAUCUUCGGCCUGCUCUUCUUGUUACUCAAGGAUCGUCUGCACAUUGAGGUUCUCCGUAUAUGGGGAACAAGAGUCGUAGGCCUGACCCUUCUUAUGAUAGGCGCAACGGGCAUCCGGGAAGCUUCAGAGGUCCAAGAGUCAGGGUUAGUUCUGGAGGGUGUGGACAGCAACUUGAGUGGCGGUGAGCCUUUGCAGCAGGCACCUGCUGCACCCAGGAAGAAGAAAGUUGGUUUCACAACAUUUGCCACCGGAGUUGUCCACGGUCUCCAGCCAGAUGCUCUGCUGAUGGUCCUGCCCGCACUGGCUCUCCCUUCGCGCUUUGCUGGUGCAGCGUAUCUUGGCAUGUUUUUGGUAGGGACUGUAUUUUCGAUGGGUAGUUACACGGCUUUUGUAGGUUCUUGUAGCGAGGCUCUAAAGGAUAGGGUUCCUAAGAUAACUGAGAAGCUUACCUGGGCUGCUUCCCUUCUAGCUGUAUGCAUGGGGUUAGCUCUUCUAGUUGGGCAGUUCUUUGGGUUCACUCUAUAUUGAUUGAUGCGUCCGUUCUUGUAACUUGGCUAAAUUGUUUUGAUUUUGAUUUGUUAUCCUUAUCGGCAGUUGAGUUCAUAUUAGUGAUUGAUUAUUUGAUUA